GAUGGAAGAGUGGGCUGAACUCGCUGAACAGGUCGAUGCCAAAUAGACUAAAAUCGACGCCAUUUUAUGUUCAGUGUAGUUGUGUCGUGGAUCUGACUCCAAUCGCAAGCGAUUUUUAAGCAGUUCUAGCAGUUCUAGUAGAACACUCUCAUAGGUUGAAAAAUGUCUCGGUAUCGCGAAUGGGAUCUAUCUUGCAAGGUUUAUGUUGGUAAUUUAGGCAGCAGCGCUAGCAAACAUGAAAUUGAAAGCGCAUUCAGUAAGUAUGGUCCACUAAGAAAUGUGUGGGUAGCUCGAAAUCCUCCUGGUUUCGCAUUUGUGGAGUUUGAGGAUCCACGAGACGCUGAAGACGCCGUAAGAGGAUUGGAUGGAACACGAUGUUGUGGCACCAGAGUGAGAGUCGAGAUGUCCUCUGGGAGAAGUCGCCGUGGUGGUGGCGGUCGCAGACCUGGUCCUCGUUAUUCUAGGUCCAGGUCGCGCAGCCCUCGUAGGAAAUCCCUUGGUCGUUACCCGAGAUCCUGUUCGAGAAGUCCGCGGAAAGCAUCGAUAAGCCAUUACUCCAGAUCGAGAUCACGCAGUCCCCGUAGAAGAUCAUUGACCCGGAGCCGCAGCCGAGAUCGCCGCUCACGUUCGGAUUCCCGUGACAGACGUUAGAUGCUAAAAGUUCAAGAGAGAAAGAGAAGUAGAUAGAAAGAGAAAGAGAGAGAAAAAGCGGAUCGACUUUAUGUGCUGGAGGGAAGGCAGAAAGAAAAAAAAGAUAAAAUGAGAAAUUUUUGUAUGUACAUAAUAAAAAUGGAUUGUUAAUCACACAUACAUACUACACGCUCGCGUUUGAAAUUGAGCAAUUAUAAAAAUGCGACGAAAAGUAGACCAACAGACAUUUGAUCAAUUUCGUAAAUCACAUAUUUAGUUUAUAAGCUACAGUCUCCAAGUUUCACGACUAUAGUAGACACAUACAUAAUAUAUUAUGCACAGUAUAUUAGCAUAUUAUAUGACUAGGUGAAUAAUUGUAUGCCUAUUUGUCUAAUUAACGUUAUCAAGAUAUACUACUUAAAAACAAAAAUAAUAAAACAUUACAAAAAAAUUUAAUUAAAAGACAUUUGAUGGAUACAUUGUGGAACAAAAUUUAAUCUUUUUUUCUUUGCUACACGAGUGUCAAUAGUCAUCUUUUGUCUGCUGAACAUAAGUCUGUUAGCAAAAGUUUUAUCACCAAAGAUUUCUUCGUGUUGCUUUAAAUUGCUUGAAAU